CAAAAAGAUGAGAGUAGCAAGAUAACACAAACAAACCCAAUUUGAUGUAAACAAACACAAACCACUUCAAUUACCAUAAAAUUCAACUCUUAUCGUCGGUGUCUGUCACAGUAUUCAUCUCUCUUCUUUGUCUCACUGUACUGAUAAACAAGCUCUUCAAUUUCAACGUCGCAUGCCCACCAAAGAAAACCCAAUUUUUUCUCCAAAGUUCGAAUCUUUUCACCCAAUAUAUCCAAAUCCACGAAACCCCAUUUCCUGCAGAUCUCGGUAACACCUCGUGAUCUGGAAUCUUGAAUUUUGUAUACUUCUGUUUUCCCCGGAACACUGCUUUCCGGGAAGGAACAUGCGGCGGAGAGCGGCGGAUUUUCGGAGGCCGGUGCGGAGGAGGGUUCCGGAUGUGUUCUGGUGGGCAUUGUGCUGCUCAGUGGUUCUUCUGUUCAUCUAUAUUCUGAGUAAAGGGAAUCAGAUUGAGUCCAGACAGGUUUUGUCCAAGAGAAAUUACAAGCAUGAUAGGAUCAUGGAAGGCCUUAAUAUUACUGACGAGAUGUUAAGUUCGAACUCAGUUACCAGACAACUUAGUGAUCAGAUAUCCCUAGCAAAAGCUUUUGUUGUCAUUGCGAAAGAAAGUAACAAUCUCCAAUUUGCUUGGGAACUAAGUGCCCAAAUCCGCAAUUCACAGAUUCUCCUUUCAAAUGCCGCCACUAGGCGUGCUCCUUUAACAACCAGGGAAUCAGAAAGCGCUAUCCAUGAUAUGGCAUUAUUGUUAUACCAGGCCCAGCAGCUCCAUUAUGACAGUGCAACCAUGAUCAUGAGAUUCAAAGCAAAAAUUCAAACUCUUGAAGAACAGAUGAAUUCUGUAAAUGAAAAGAGUUCAAAAUAUGGACAAAUAGCUGCUGAAGAAGUCCCAAAAAGCCUAUACUGUCUUGGUGUCCGGUUGACAACAGAGCGGUUCAAAAACCUUAAUUUGCAAAAGAAAUUGAAGGACAGAAGGCACGCUGAGAUGAAGCUUAAGGAUAACAAUCUUUACCACUUUUGUGUGUUCUCCGAUAACAUUCUUGCAACAUCAGUUGUGGUCAAUUCAACUGCAAUCAAUUCUAAAAAUCCAAAUAUGAUUGUUUUCCACCUUGUCACUGAUGAAAUAAAUUAUGCUGCGAUGAAGGCAUGGUUUACCAUUAAUGAUUUUGGUGGGGUGACUGUGGAAGUUCAGAAGUUUGAAGACUUCAGUUGGUUAAAUGCUUCAUAUGUUCCUGUGCUUAAGCAACUUCAAGACUCAGAAAUUCAGAGCUACUAUUUUUCUGGCAACAGUGAUGAUGGCAAGACACCUAUCAAAUUCCGUAACCCGAAAUACCUUUCCAUGCUUAACCACCUGAGGUUCUAUAUCCCUGAAGUUUUUCCUGCACUGAAGAAGGUGGUGUUCCUGGAUGAUGAUGUCGUGGUUCAAAAGGAUCUUUCUGGUCUUUUUUCCAUUGAUUUGAACGGGAAUGUCAACGGAGCUGUUGAGACAUGCAUGGAGACAUUUCAUAGAUACCAUAAGUACUUGAACUAUUCUCAUCCACUUAUACGUGCACAUUUUGAUCCUGAUGCUUGUGGAUGGGCAUUUGGGAUGAAUGUAUUUGAUUUGGUUCAAUGGAGGAAAAAGAAUGUAACUGGCAUCUACCACUACUGGCAGGAAAAGAAUGUAGACCGGACUUUGUGGAAACUCGGUACCUUGCCACCUGGACUGUUGACAUUUUAUGGACUAACUGAGCCUUUGGACCCAUCAUGGCAUGUAUUAGGUUUUGGCUACACAAAUGUUGAUCCUCAGUUGAUAGAGAGAGGUGCUGUACUGCACUUCAAUGGGAACUCCAAACCAUGGUUGAAGAUUGGGAUUGAAAAAUACAAGCCCUUGUGGGAAAAAUUUGUUGACUACUCCCAUCCUUUAUUGCAACAAUGCAACUUCCAUUGAUUUUGUAUUGAUAUUUAUUUGGAACAUCAAACCUUGGUGGGAGCUUCGGAUUCAGAAGCAGUAGUUCCAUUUGGUGGGGGCAAGGGGAAUGCAUGAUUGACUAUUCUGAUCUUCUAUUGCAAAGGUGGAACUUCUAUUGGCUUGUGGAACUGGGAGGCUUGGUGAUCCUUAAAAGGAUAAGCAGAUUGAGGUCUUAAUUUUGCAGUCAGAAAUGCUUUGUACAAUGUUAAAGGUCAAGCAUGUAUGGUAGCUUUAAAUUGAUGUCUUCAUUGAUUCAGGAUCUUCUGUUGUAGCAUAUAGAUGUUUAUUUGUCAAGUAAUAGAGGGUAUCAGUUUGUAGCUUUUUCUUGUAAGUGUUAAAAUUUAAGUCAAGGUUGAGAUCAACUGUAAACUUUUUAUUCUUGUUGCCUUUCUUGCAAAAGAAACUACUUUAUCAUUUUA